GCAUAAAAACAACGGAGGCGGCGUCGCUGCAGAGAAUCAGAGUUUGUUUUGCUGUCCUCGUGCUUCUCUACGGAAAAACUUUUGGAAAAUGGUGCAGCAUCUGAACAAGCCCGGAGCGAAGGAGGCUCCUCUGCUGAAGGCCGGCCACCCUCCUGCAGUGAAGGCUGCAGGUAAACGAGUGGCCAAGAAGAGCCUGGAGGAUGGAAGCAGCCAUGGGAGCCAUGAGAAGGAUACCAAGCGGCCUGAUAAACUGAGGUCCCUUGCCACGGCCAACCGGAUGCAGCAGGUGAGCAUACUCCUGGCAGGAACUCUGGACAAGCUGAGCCACGACUUCCCCGAGACGCCGGUGAGCGUGAGGCACAGCAAGCUGCGGCCCGCGGUGGAGAAGACCCACUUGUCCCGCUCCUUUCCCAUCCAGCAGCCGAGGAAGUUCUGAACGUCGCGUGUGUUUCUGACUGCGCUUGGAGGGGGGGAGCGGCGUGGGGUCAACUGUGAAAGAGGAACACGAGGUGUUAGACUCACGGGGGGGUUCUGACAUGUUGUCUGUGAUGUGUUGAUGGAAAGAGGGCUCUCAUCACGCCCUCUGUUUACGCUGUAGAAAAGUGAGGCUGCCUUUUUUUUUUUUUUUUUUUUCAGGCAUUGCUUGAUUUGUCAGAAUAUUCUGAACUCGUGUUGGAGUUGUGUUUUCCAGCUGUUGGAAUGAACGAUGGCAGGUUGGUACCAGCAUGUUGAGAGGGGGGGGUAGGUGAGGCUUUUGGGACUGUUUAAAAACAAGGUAUUGCUUGGCACUUGUAAGAUUUAAUAAUAAAAAAAAAAGCAUGAUAUAAGCUUAUAGCAGACUUGUACUUAAUUUCUUUAGUUUUCUUUUGCAGUAAAAAGCAACAGUCCCUAGGGGGCAGUAUAUAGCCAUUUAUAAACGGAACUUGAUGUACUUUUAUAAAUGAAACUUGUUGUAAGCAAAAUAUUAAUAAAAAAAACUUCCCUUACAACUUCA